AAAUAUUUUAGUGUAUUUUGGAUACAUAGUAGAAAUUAAGAUCAUGUUUGCUACAAAUUCUCUAUUUUUUGGAUUUUGAAUCUUUUGGAUUCUAUCGGAUCCAUUUAAGGUUCGAGUUUCGUUAACCGGAAAUACCAUAAGUUCGGCUCGGUUUAUUGCCCAUCCCAAGAUUUUUACAUUUCGUUGUGAUUUCCACAAAAUCGAUUUUCUUCUUCUUCGAUCACUGAACUUUGCUAACAAUGGCGGAUCAGAGCCCUAAGCCGUUGCAGUUAUUCGUUAGGCUACUCAACGGAAAAUCGAUAACCGUAGCUUUCUCCUCUCCCUUAGCCUAUGGCGACCAGAUCAAGCAGCGGAUCUUCGACCACACUCACAUCCCGACGCAUCUCCAGCGGCUGAUCUGCGGAGGCUACCAGAUCUCCGACGAGUCCACCGUCUCUCAACCCGACGCCACCGUAAACCUCGUCCUCUCCCUCCGCGGAGGCAAAGGAGGAUUCGGCUCCUUGCUUCGAGGCGCAGCCACCAAGGCGGGGCAGAAGAAGACGAACAACUUCGACGCGUGUAGGGAUAUGAGCGGACGGAGGCUGAGGCACGUGAACGCGGAGAAGAGGCUCGAGGAGUGGAAGGAAGGUGAGGAGGAGAGGAAGCUUGAGAGGUUGGCUGAGGAGUUUCUUAAGAAGCAGGCGAGUAAAGUGAAGGAAGGUGUUGGGAAUGGAGCUACGCAGAAGUAUGUGAAGAGGUAUAGGGAGGAGUCUGAUAAGUGUAUUGAGGCUGUGGAUUUGGCUUUGAAAGAGUCUUUUAUGAGUGGGAAGAGGAAGGGGAAGAUUGGUGUAGAGUCUGAGAAGUCAAAGCGACUCAAGAUAUGGAAGGGAAAGAGAGCAGUUGAUGCUAGUGACAGUGAUGAAAGCAGCGACGACGAGGACGAGAAAGAGAAAAACAAUGGUAGCCAAGUUGAGAGCUCAGGCUCGGGUAUGGCUGGAGCACAUGAUGGUGAUUCUUCUGGUAAAGACGUUGUAGUAGUACAUCAAAGUUCAGAUGUACUUAAGGGAGAAACCACUGCUGGUGUUCAAGUGAUUAACGAAGGAAAAGUGGAUGAUUUACUUGUUGGUGCAAUGGUUCAGACUGAAAAGGAAGAUAAUUUAUAUAAAGACGCAGAAAAGAAUCUGGUGGAAGUAGCUUGUGAAACGGUUGUAGAUGUUAAGAAUCAAGGCAAUGAUUCUGAAGUUAAGCAAGAAGGAGUUGCUGGAGAAACAGAGACUGUUGAUGCAAUGUGUUGCAAACGUGUUGAACCACUUAACUUUGCUGACUUCAGUUCAGCAAAAGAUAUGGAGGUUAUGGGGAUGGAAAGACUAAAGACAGAGCUUCAGUCACAUGGACUGAAAUGCGGAGGGACACUGCAAGAGCGGGCUGCAAGGCUCUUCUUACUUAAGUCGACACCAUUAGAUAAGCUUCCAAAGAAGUUGCUGGCGAAGAAAUGAAGAGUAAAACUGGAGUGUAUCUCAAAGGCUUCUACUACUCUUUGAAGUUUCUAUGUUAAUUAUAGUAUUUGAUACACCACAACCCACAUGUGUAAUAAUAUAUCAGCUUUAAGCUCCAAGUGCUACACUCAGUAAUCCAACAACAUGCAAUAACUCUUUCAUUUUUUAAAGCAAUCUUUACUUAGAAGUUUAAUCAA